AGCCGUAGCACAAGUAGCAUAAAACAGCUGGUUGCUGAACUUUAAUCAAGCUGCGACGACAAACAAAUUUUGGAAUACGCACAGUAAUUGGCUAUCUAAUUUAUAUAUACGAGAAGGGUAUGUAUUAAAGGAUCACAAUGAGCACCGUCGCACUGCAAGCCAAAGCACUCCUAAUACGCGCCGUCGAAUGCGAUCAGAGCGGUCGCAUUUUGGAGGCGCAAACGCUUUAUCAGGAUGGAAUUUCGCAGCUGAUGGAUUUUGUCAGUGACGAGCCGGAUGAGGGAAAGCGGAAGGGUUUCCUCGUUCGCAUCAAGGAGUACAUGGAUCGGGCCAAUGCCAUUAAGGCCCGCAUCAACGGCAGACUUGCCCUCGGCGAAGUCGUCUUUCAUUUGUCCAUCGAGGACAACGAUACGAAUUGCGAUUACGAUCAACUAUUUGGCAAAUACAUGACUGAUCAGACAGUGGAAAUAUUGAUCGAGGAACCCCACUUGACCAAGAAUUUUCAGUAUCAAAAUCUGAUACGUUUCCUGGAGCUGGCAGUGACAAAUUGCAAGGAUUUGAAAUACUUGCUUUUGGUAACCAAAAAGGAUGUGGAAGACUUUGAUAAGCAGCGCACGAAUAUGGGACAAAUUAAAGCAGAUCUGGAGCGAAGACAGAUCACUCUCUAUAUCAAGUACGAGGACACGCUGCACGAUCGCAAAAUAUAUUUGAGCAAUGGUUAUAUUAUUAAAAUUGGACGUGGCUUAGACAUCUACAAGGCCUCCAAUCCGAUGUACUCCAUCGGUUUGACCAACUACAAAUACAGAAAGUGCAAGCAAACCGAUGUAGAUAUUUGGCGUACUUCACACACAGCUGGCAAAUAAUGAUAAAAGACAUUCGAUUCCAAUAAUGACUAAAGCGUGAAGUAUUAUACAUUUAUUUCUAUAUAUAUUUUUAUCUGUACGAGACAAUUUUACGUUUUUAAAAUUAAAUAAUAAAGUUUUGUGUGCUUUUUUUGUAGAAAA